AUGUAUGUAGUGUACAUGCGAAUAGGGUAUGGCUCAGCGAACCGCAACGACGACAAUAACAACAACCAGGGAAGCGACAGCACCAACACCAACACCAACGACAGCUACGGCAGCAGCGGUAAUGAUCAGUACGGCAGCACCAACGACAACAACAGCAGCAGCGGCAAUAACCAGUACGGCAGCACCAAUGAAAACAACGGCAGCAGCGGUAAUAACCAGUACGGCAGUACCAACGACAACAACAGCAGCAGCGGCAAUAACCAGUACGACAGCACCAACGACAACAGCUACGGCGGCGGCGGUCCCGACUCGGGUCCUAGUAGCGGUCAGGGCAACCCUGGGAGCACUGGCGGUGGCGAUUGGGUUGACAAAGGAAUCAACUUUGCCGCCCAAAAGGCAGGCAUCGCCCUGGAUUCUCAAACCGAGCAGAAAAUCGGUGAAGGACUCAGACAGAGCCUAGGUAAAUUUGUUUGA